AUGUUCGUGCUCUUAACUCUUGGUCUUGUGUGCACGGCAGCUGCCUCGUCUGGAUACGGUGCCAAUAACUACGAUCGCCCCAGCUACCAGGGACCAUCCUAUGGAGGAAACCAUGGGUAUUAUGACUACUCUUCGUCCGAAUCUAGCAGCAGUGAGGAGAAACACCGCAGACAUUGUAAAAAGCCACAGAAACUCUCUGUGCCAGAUGGAAUCAAAAAUCUUGCCAAAUCUGCUCAAUUCUUGACAUUGGAAAGAAAAGGAAAGCAGUACACCAAAAUUAGCUGCCCAAAUGAUGGAAACGCAUAUCUCUUGCUUGGAGAAAAAGAAGGUUCCGAUGUUUCUAACGGAGAUCAUACUGUCAACGACAGCAUUCUUCUGGCCGAAGGAGUGAAUCUUGAUCUGGUUGGAAAAUGCAAGGGUAGAAAUGUCCACGUCAAAGCUGCCAAUGGAGACAGAAUUAAGGUCAAGAAGGUUGUCUGCGUGAAGCUUGAGGGGCUACCAGACAAGUUCUGA